UCGCUACGUUCAAUUAAUGCUCCUCAUGUUCCUCGCAUGUCAUUAGUUCCUGAUGAUUUCUCUAUCCCUAUUGGCAUUGAUGGAAUCAAUUGCUCAAAAUUUACGAAUUCUGUCGGAAAAAGAAUUCUUGCUUUAGGUACUUGUGCUGGAAAAAAGCGAUGGCACAUCAGUGUUAACAGUCUGGAUUUCUUUCCUUCUCAAGAAAACUUAAUUCUUUCCGUAUCAAGAGUCGGAGGUGUUAAGAUACAUAACGUCGAAACUGGCUCUCGUAUCUGGCACGUACCUGUUGCCCAUGAUGAACACGAACUGACUUCAGCUCUCAUUUUGAACGAGUUUUGUUGGGUAACUGGCGAUGAAAAUGGAAAUAUCAAAAUGUGGGAUAAAAGACGGGAUUCUGCGGUCGGGUCUGCAUUUACUAUUUCCUUGCGAUCUGCAAUCGAAAAUGAUUUAAGCAAGCUUCUUAUAAAGAAUUCUGAAAGACUGCGGGAACAGCUCAAUGACGGUGGCUGGCUUAGUAUUAAUGAUAUGGCAAUAGUUCCAUCCAAUAACAAACCUCUGGAAGGCAUUCUUUUUGCCGCGAUUGAUGACGGUACUCUGGCGACUGUUGACUUGAAUCGUAGAUGUGUAAAGAUGUUUUCGGAUACUCUAGGAUAUAGCGCACGAACUGUCGUUCCAAUCAAGGUAAAGGAAAUCAUUAACUAG